AUAUUAGACGAUUUCAUGAGCACCUUUGUUCACUCAAAGGAAUUUGCAGAAUUCCGUAAGGCGAGAAGCAACAUGCUUCUCUCGAGGAAGAAUCAGCUGCUAUUGGAGUUCAGUUUCUGGAAUGAACCUGUCCCACGGUCAGGACCGAAUAUAUAUGAACUCAGAUCUUACCAGCUCCGACCAGGAACUAUGAUUGAAUGGGGCAAUUACUGGGCUCGUGCAAUUCGCUUCAGACAGGACAGUAAUGAAGCAGUUGGAGGAUUCUUCUCCCAGAUUGGGCAGCUAUAUAUGGUGCAUCAUCUUUGGGCUUACAAGGAUCUUCAGACCAGGGAAGAUAUACGGAAUGCAGCAUGGCAUAAACACGGCUGGGAAGAGCUGGUAUAUUAUACAGUCCCACUUAUUCAGGAAAUGGAAUCCAGAAUCAUGAUCCCACAGAAGACUUCACCCCUUCAGUAAAGCUACAGAAUUUCGAUGUGCCUACAUAAAUUUAUGUGACAAGUACUUGUCAUAAAUUAAUUUGAACUGUAUAUCAAGUGAAAAAGAAACACUGAAGUGUAAACUGCUGUAUAUAGCUUGUAAGAGACCUCUUUUCUUUAAAAUUUACAAAAUCACAAGAAAGUAAACUAUUACAGUUUGGCUGAUUGUAGCAGUGCUCUGUAGUCCUCUGAAACAUCCCUGUAUUUGUCGAAUAUACCUUACAGUACUGGGCCACCUCUCCCCACCCUCCAGGAAAAGAGGGCCCAAAUUAAAAUUGGAAUCGUCUCCAAAUAAGAAUCCAACCAUGGAAAAAAGUUAGCCAUUUCUUUAUAAAAAGCAAAUCUGUUUUAUAAUUACAGAUUUUUAGACAAAUUUCUUGUAUCAGGAAGAAAUAUAAAUUUUGUCAUGUUUCUGUAGCAUUUUUCUGAGUCUCAGACUAGGAACAAAUUAUAAGUGUACCCAAUAACCUGAAAAUGUUUUACUUCACUCUCAUUUUUAAUGUCAGCAUAGUAAACAGUGUUAUCAUUACUGAGCUGGAAGUGGUUGAUCGGUAAUUCACUCUCCACAUUGUGUAUCGUGAUAUCUUUAUAUGAAAGGAAAAAAUGGCUUGAACCUGUGUAUCAUGUGACUUUGAAAUGAACACCUUGAAUAGCACUAAU